GGUUUUCUUGAAUGACGUUUUCUAAAAAUGCUCAACGCCACUGCUUAGCUUUAUUUUGAAAAGUAUUAAGGGAAGUCGGUGUCACAACCUUACUGCUCGCUUAACCGUGGAGUUUUAGGACAGUGGAGCCCGUCUGCUGGGGGAGAGACAGAGGAAAAGUUAGUCAAGAUGGCAAAUCUCACAGACCGGGAGUAAAGGGGCACCGCUCCCCGAAAAAGCCGAGCCUGCCGUCCGUUCUGAGACAAACCCAACGAUGCGAACAGCGCCAGCAGGGCUGAGAGGGAUUCCCUGAAGAAAAAUGCCUGUGAGGCUGAAGCUGAUGUGACACAGCCUGUGCUGGAAGAAAGCUGACUCAUCAAAUCUCAAUCUCUCUGAGAGUGACUAAGCAGCAGCAGGAGUUUGUAUCACCUAAUGCCCAGCAAGAAGAGCAACUAACACCCCCCCCUCCCAUCUUCUCUCACCCUUACAACCCAGAGAUUAUCAUACAGGAGAAGGCUCCAGCAGGAAUACUGGCAGAGACCGCUGACCUGACUAAUAAUAAAGAAGCUUAGAAUGGUAACACAGCGCCACAGCUGAACAGAGACGCCAAUAACCGCUGUAAAGCUACCGUUCAGUCUUAAGAGCAGAUACGCUUCAAUCCGCCAGCCUUCAACCCCCCGUCUCGCAGACCAUGAUGUUUCGCGAUCAAGUGGGCGUGCUGGCCAGCUGGUUCAAGGGGUGGAACGAGUGCGAGCAGACGGUGGCCCUGCUGUCCCUGCUGAAGAGGGUGAGCCCAACCCAGGCCCGCUUCUUGCAGCUCUGCCUGGAGCACUCGCUCGCUGAGUGCACCGAGCUGCAGGUCCUGGAGGGGGAGGCCAAUAAUCCAGGUAUAAUUAGCCAAUGGCAGAGUGAGCCCAAGGAGCGUGUCAUCUCCCUCGUCCUUACCCAUCUUCCGCUGCUCAAACCGGGUAACAUUGAAGCUAAGGGGGAAUACAUGCGCUUGCUGCCUCGCAUCCUGGCCCACACAAUCGAGCACGGCCAUCACCUGGAGGAGUCUCGGCAGCUCCUUUCCUACGCCCUUAUCCACCCCGCCACCUCCCCUGAAGACCGCGCUGCUCUGGCACUCUGGCUCAACCACCUGGAGGAGAGGGAGAGAGACUCAUUGGAAAGGCCUCCUCCUGCCGGGCCUCACCAUCACCACCAGUCUACACCUCCUUCGACCCUGACCUCAUCUGGAUCUUGCUCUUCUACCAACACCUCUUCAUCAGGGAUUCCCUACUUGCAUCACCACCAACGUUAUGGCUCAGAUGACCGCCUCAAUGGGUGGCAGAGCUCCAGGGAUUCAGGAAUAGGUGGAGGCUGGCAUCAGCAUGGCUGUGAAAACGGACACCUCCCUCUCUACCCAUCAUCCUCUGUGCCUGCGACCAUCAAUACUGUUGGAACUGGCGGAGGCAGUAACGCGAUCCUUACAAGUGGAGGUGGCAGCCAACAGCACAGUCCCUUAAAGCGCUCAGUGUCCCUCACACCCCCCAUGAGUGGCCCCAACAACCAGCCUCUGGGUCACGUAUGGCUUUCCCAGGAAGAUCUUCGGACUGCUAGAGGCCCAGCCCCAGACCACGCACCUCUCUCACCACAAAGCAGCAUCGCCUCCUCUGGCAGUGGAGGCAGUGAGCAUCUGGAGGAUGCUGGUUUAGGAGGAGGUUCAGGUCUGCAUCGCAGUUCCUUUCAUGAAGAGGGCAGUGGCAUGAGGGAUGUUCCUGCUUGGCUGAAGAGUCUCCGUCUCCAUAAGUACGCCGCUCUCUUCUCCACAAUGACCUAUGAUGAGAUGAUGGCACUGACUGAAGAGCAACUAGAAGCACAGAAAGUCACUAAAGGAGCACGGCACAAGAUCGUUAUCAGCAUUCAGAAGCUGAAAGAGAGGCAGAACCUACUCCGGAGCCUGGAAAAGGAUGUGUUGGAGGGCGGUAACCUUCGUGCCCCACUCCAGGAGCUCCACCAAAUGAUCAUGACUCCUAUUAAGGCUUUCAGUGGUGGCGAGGAGGCCUCUUUGCAUCGCCCUCUGCUGACCCCGGAAGGCAAAAGCGCCGCACCUGGCUCCCACCUGAGUGGGGGAAGUGGAGGAGAGGCUGAGUCUGGCACCAGUGUGAUCGCUGAGGGCGAUAUACCUGGUCAGUUCACUCGUGUUAUGGGCAAAGUUUGCACACAGCUGCUGGUGUCAAGGUCAGACGAGGACAACAUCAGCUCCUACCUACAACUCAUUGACAAGUGCCUUAUCCAUGAGUCCUUCACUGAGACGCAGAAGAAGAGACUGUUGUCAUGGAAACAACAGGUCCAGAGGCUGUUCCGGUCCAUUCCGAGGAAAAACCUGCUUGACAUUGCAGGGUACCGACCGCAGAGGAGCCGCUUUGGCCAAUCCAACUCUCUCCCUACCACUGGCUGUGUUGGGGGCAGUGUGUCAGCCAGGAGGAGCCUUCACCAGUUCCAGAUGCCCUCCCGGAGUUUGCCGGGUGCCAGGCUGGGCCUGUUGGGCAGCGGGGGGCUGCUGGGACCCACACCUCGUAGCUCCAGCAGCACACCCACCGGUCCCAAGCAAGGAAGACAUGGUCCAUGGUUUGCCAAUCCUGGAGGAAGUAACAGCAUGCCCAGUCGGACCCACAGCUCAGUCCAGAGGACACGUUCCCUACCAGUUCACACCACACCACAAACCAUGGUCACGUUCCAACAAGCUGAUCUUCAGUUACCAGUGACAGAGCCAGACAUCAAUAAUCGCCUUGAGUCUUUGUGUUUGAGUAUGACCGAACACGCCUUGGGAGAUGGUGCAGAUCGCACAUCAACAAUAUGAGCUGAGGACCUGAGUGAGAGCAGCAGGACGGCGCAGGUUUGGGGAGCUCUCUCACCAUCACCUUGAGGUCACCAGCCCUUCCGUUCCCUCUCCCUGUAGCCAAUGGUAGAGCUCAACCAAAGGACCGGGCGGGAUCCAAGACACACUAGAGAGUUGACCAUCAAACGGAUCACACUGGCACCGUCCAACGGGCUGGAAAAAUACACUUCCUGCUCGGGUAGCACGCUCACAGUCACCUGUAUGUGAGUGAGAAGAAUGGAAGGCACCGAACACGGCCUGGAAAGUGUGCAAACUUUCCCCCUUGUCCCCGCCCCCCACCCCGCCCUUCCCAUGGAGAGACUGCCAGAAGCAGUCCAGUUAGCCUCAGCAGAAGAGAGAUGCUGGGCUUUGGAUCAGGGCUCAGUGAGACUUUCUCUCCCCUACAUCGUCUGGUUCCUGCACAUUGACCACAGCUUGUGGCAUCUUUCAGAUCAUAACAGUACCUCAGACCCAAAACAUGAUGAGAUGAGCAGAGCCACAGGGAUGCAAAAAGGAAGCUUGGGAUUUUCCAGACUGGUUUCAGCAGGAUCACAGUGUCCAGGACGGUUUCUUGGAGAGCUCAAGAAGGCGUCUUGCUCAGUACUGGGUGGCAACAAACCUUUUCCUUUCUAUUGUAUGUAUUUAUUGUUUACAUUAUGAUGCUACUUUCAGAGGGUACAGAAACAUUUAUGAAUUUCAGGUAUGAUUUGCAUAAUAUAUUCUGUAGAUAUACAGAAUAUAUUCUGGCUUUCUACAAGCUUCCACAAGUAGCCAUCACAUUAGUUUACAAUCACCAUGCCUUAUUCUUUAUUUUGGCAGCCAACAAGAAAGACGUGUUGGCCUGAAUAUUAAUGGAGAGAGAACGAGAUGGGAACUUGAAAGAGAUGGAGGUAGCAUGGAGAGGGAUACGAGGAAGAAGGGGGAUGUGGAGGGAGACACAGAAAGUAGUAGAAGAAAGAACCAAGCUGAAGUGAUACUAGAAAGGGAAGAGGAUGUUUAAAGGAGAGAGACAUCAGAGGCAGGACCUUUGAUUGGCUGGAGACAACGGAGGAAGAUGAUGUCACGUCUGAUCGUGCCCUUAGUCUGUUCAUGCGAGUGAGUGUAGCAGGAAGUGGAUUUGGCACAGAUACUGGGGGUUAGUUAUUUUUCUAAAACAGAGGAAUAUGCUUAAGCUGCAUGUUAAAACUAAGGGAAGAUUGUGAAAUGUAGAGUGGAGAAGGUGUCAGAAGCAAUGGGGGGCAGAUUUAGUUUCCACUCAGAUCUUUUUUUUUUUUCUUUUCCUGAGAGGAUUGCAACAUUGGAGAAAUGAAACACUGUCAAUCCAUGAAGGGAAGUUUUCCCUGAGAUCUCAUUAGUGCUUACCUCCAUCUGCUGGCCAGUUGCAGUCAUGGCGGUACAGAUGCUGAAGUCCAGGGAGACACAGGCACUAAAGACGCCAGCAGAACAAUAAAAACUCAUCGGUGAACAUUUGGGCAAAUAUCAAAGCUGGUUGGUUGCUUGUGUAUCUUGGCCUUCUGUCAGUUCUGUCAGUGCAGGCCUACAUCAUAUGAAAAUAUUUCUGUUUUUAUUCUAAUCUCAUGGUUAUUGUGUGUGUCUUAAUAUUUAUCCUCAGUUGUUUUGUGCCUGGAAUCUAAACUUUAUAGGAUUAGAUUUAUAUUGAAGUAAGCUGGUUAGGUUAAAUCCUUUCUGUGCUGCUUUCAACCCAGCAUGCGAGUCCUCAACCUGAAAGGUCAGCUUUGAGGUUUAUCAUCAUUAGUAUUAUCAUCAUCAUUAUUAUUAUUAUUAUUGUUAUUAUUAUUAUUAUUAUUGUUAUUAUUAUUGUUUAGUAUAGUUUCUUGCAAUUCUGUCAUAUUUCCUUUGUAUCCUGCACUUGAUAUGAUAAUGUGAGACACUACAAUCCAAAUGUUCAAGGCUCGAGCAACGAUGCUUUGGUUUGGAGCCGGAUCAAACGGAGCAGACGGACACUCGUUCUCGACUGUAGCGUCACAGCCUUGCUGGACAGACAGACUGAUGUACCCAGAGAGAAAAAAAAAAGAAGCUUCUGAUGCCUCUCAUUGACCUGUCUAAAGGUUGGAAAUACCGCCUGAUCUGAAGUAUCCCACACACACAGUUCAGUGGCCAUACAAGACUUUGUGCAUGUUUUAGUUCUUCUUCUUUUUUUUUCUUUUUUUUAAAAUCACUUUUCAAAUGUUUCUCAAACCUUCCUGGAAACAUAAUCUGUUGAUUACGAUGACAUUAGAAUCAGAAUGACUCUGGCCAAUAACAACUAGCAAUUUGAAAUCUUCAGACUGGUUUCUGAUUUGAUUAGUUUAACUAAUUACUAAGGUUCCUUUCCAGGCUUUUUAAAAUUGCUGUCCAUUGCCAUUAGUUAUAUCGGUCACUACAUAAGUAGAAACCAGUGGUAUGUUUGGGAGAACAGAAUUAAAAACACUCUCUGAGUGUGGGACUUUAUAAAGACAAAAACAUGCAUAAAUUCUGAUGUGGCACCUCUCUGCAGCCCAUUCUCAUCCUGGCCGGCUGAGCAUGGCUUCAGAUCUCGUGAUGGCAGCUCAACACUGCAGUCUGGAUCUGUGCACACACACAUGAUAAAGUGUGUGUGAUGGUAUGCAUGUAGUCUGGUCGCUAUGACCCUGAUGGACGCUUCAGGUUUUACUCGGAGUACAGGAGCAAAACACACACUCUUAAUCCACACUGAGUCGUGUUUGUGAACAAAGGUUCCACCAAAGCGUGAGUGGGACACAAACCUGUUUCAGCCCCGAGUGGAUGCCGUACCUUUGACGUGGUCAUUGUUUGUUGGUGCCCCUCGCUGACGGGCAGCAUCAGGAUGUCAUCACAUUCAGACUCUUUCAGUGUCACUGCCAUAUGAAUCAGUACUUAAAGUAGAAACUACUAUUUAUUCUUUUUUCCUUUCUUUUUGUUGUUGUUGCAGAGGUGAUGCUCAUGUGGGUGUAAUAUUAUUUAAAAUACCAUAUGUAUUAACAUGUUAUGGCUGGUGACCAUAAGUACAUCUCAAAUAUUAACA